AAAGAUACAAUUCCCAAUGCUAUGAAAACGCAUAAUAAAGCGGGAAAUGUCGAGAAGUCGCCCCUCUGUGUAGUUUUAAAGAAAAGUUUAAUUUGUGUAGCAGACACUAUUAAGUGUUGAAACUCGAGUGCAUUUUUCAGGUUAAUUAUUAGUGCUAUUAAGUACUACGAGGAACAGGAGGAUGAUGAGAAAGCUUUCGUAAUGAAUCGAAAACCGAAAACAAAGUCAACGUCGAGAAUUCCCUUCCAUAUUUUUUGCAUUGUACCACAUCCUUCGAGUGGCUGACCCAUUUCACCUGAUUACCUGCAUUUUGUGCGAUCCAGCGUUGUCCCGGCUGCUCAGUCGUAAGACUUCUAAAAGGAGGCAUGCCUGAUAGGACUAUCUCUAAUGCUACCACUAUCUCAACCCAUGUCCGUGUUCAAGAACUAGAGGCGGGAGAGAAUGUGGAGACGGAGGUGGUGGAGAACACACCUCAACAGACGACAUUCGAAAAUUCCAAGAAGGGUCAAAUUAACAUGUGGACAAAGCCGCCGCCCCCCCCCAUGCAUGCGGCGUGCAUUUCAUGGCAUCAUCAGAACCAGACGCAUUGCAAAUGCACAGCACGCGCAUCAAUGUCCACAUUUUUGCAAAGGCAGUAAUACUCCAGAAAACAGUUGCAGGUUAAAAUGCACCGUGAGUACAGGUCGUCCCUUACCAAGCCAGACGCGUUGAAAAACGCAGCAUCAGAAUUACGUAAAAAGCUGAGUGUGCUGGGUCUGAAAUUCCAAAGUAUCAAUUACUUAACAAGAUCGUAUAAUCUGAAUCUAGAUGCAUUGAAAAUAAGUAUCGUGGGCGACAAUGUUGGCAAUCGUCAGUCGCAGAUACUCUAAAAGGGCGAACAAAGUAAAAAAUUUUGAUUCUUUCAAUUUAGUUGGAGAUAUUUAAUUUUAAAUGAUUCAGUUAGAAGUUACUUAACGCAGCAUGAUGGUGCGGGAAGCUCCAAUCUAAAAGCAUUAAACACGCGUAGCGUGGGCGACAAUGUCAGCAAUCGUUAAUAGAAAAUGUUCUCUACCUGGGGUGGAUAUUACAUCAUGGUACGUAUUACAGGAUAUUACUAAGCAUGGGUGCUGAUCGUUCCAUUCAAGUCUAAAUGCUUUGAAAACGACCAAAGGGAGAGAGAAUGUCGACAAUAGUCAAUAGAAGAUUUUCACUAUGAGGGGCCUCAAAUAUUUUUAAGUGGAGUAGGAUCGAUAAUUUUUAAUGUAACUGAUAGGAUUUACAU